GCGGCGCUGCGCACAGCUCUCCUCCCAGGGCGGCAGGGUUUGAAUAUAUUGGGAAACAACAAUUUCCACAAAGCCGAAUCAUUCUCUUCCUGGAGGCACAAAUCCAGCUUAGCUGAACCACAACAGAUAUAAGUCACCAUGGUGAAAAGCCACGUAGGCUACUGGAUGCUGGUCCUCUUUGUGGCCACAUGGAGUGAUGUGGGCCUCUGCAAGAAGCGACCAAAGCCUGGAGGAGGAUGGAACACUGGGGGGAGCCGAUACCCCGGCCAGGGCAGUCCUGGAGGUAACCGCUAUCCACCCCAGGGUGGCGGUGGCUGGGGUCAGCCCCACGGCGGUGGCGGCUGGGGUCAGCCUCACGGCGGUGGCGGCUGGGGUCAGCCCCAUGGCGGUGGCGGCUGGGGUCAGCCCCAUGGCGGUGGAGGCUGGGGUCAAGGUGGUGGCAGCCACAAUCAGUGGAACAAGCCAAAUAAGCCAAAAACCAAUAUGAAGCACGUGGCAGGUGCUGCCGCAGCCGGGGCGGUCGUGGGGGGCCUCGGAGGCUACAUGCUGGGGAGUGCCAUGAGCAGGCCUCUCAUGCAUUUUGGCAAUGACUAUGAGGACCGUUAUUAUCGUGAGAACAUGAACCGUUACCCCAACCAAGUGUACUACAAGCCUGUGGAUCAGUACAACAACCAGAACAACUUCGUGCACGACUGUGUCAACAUCACGGUCAAGCAGCACACAGUGACCACCACCACCCAGGGCGAGAACUUCACCGAGACCGACAUCAAGAUCAUGGAGCGUGUGGUGGAGCAGAUGUGUAUCAACCAGUACCAGAAGGAAUACCAGUCCUCCUACCAGCGGGGGUCCAGCAUGGUCCUCUUCUCUUCCCCGCCUGUGAUCCUGCUCAUCUCUUUCCUCAUCUUCCUGAUAGUGGGAUGAGGAGCUUCCUGCUUUCACUGUCUUCAUCUUUCAUCAGGUUGGGGAGGGGGUGCCUACCUGCGGCCCUUUUAGUGGUGGUGUCUCCUUCUUGCUUUUCUCUUCGUCACCAUAGGCUAAUUCCCUGGCACUGAUGGGCACUGGGAAAUGUAGAGUAGACCAGAAUGCUGGCCACGCAAGCCCCGUCCCACUGGGUCCUUCUGGGCCAGUGCUAAGGCAGGCUGAUGAGAGUAUAACAGCAAAUGACCGCUGGUUGAUCUGGCUAUUUUUUGUCUUGUGCAAUGGGUUGAGGCUCAAACAAUACUCAGAAUAGCGUUCGAACACUUUUGCCUAAAAACCUUCAACUUCUUCCCCAGCUUGAGCUCAGUACAGUAAGUCCCCAUCUUAGCAGUGAUUUCAUAGCAAUUUGAAGAUAUUUUCUCACCUGUUUUUUAAAAACCUGACUGCUUUUUCCUGCUCUAGCAGCAAAUCUGCCAAAUUUGGAAGGAGGCCACAUGAUACUCAGAAACAAAACUAGUGAUCCUUGGCUCUGGGGCACAGGCUCAGCCCAGGGACAGCCUGGCGCUGUGUCUACAGGGCUGUGGGGUGCUUGCCUUUUGCGGUCACUGCUUGGAGUAAAUAUUUGUGCAACACUAGACCUCUGGGCGGAGGUAUCUCACGGGAUGAGCACCACUACCAUGAAAGGCUUCUAGGGCUGGAAAACCCCACGUUGAGGAGCAGGGCCCACGGAGGCCAGCUCUGUGGCUCUGUGCUGGGUGUUGAAAGCUCCCCCAUGUGGCAUUCCUUUCUUUAGUAACAAACUGUAGAUUAAGACAGUGUAAAAAAUAAAGUACCUUCUGAACAUUAAAAGCAAAUCUCCUUUGUUUACUCAGAAAUUAGAAUGACUGUGGCAUGGUCUGGUGGAAGCCAGGAGAUUUGAACAUGAAAGUAACAGCAGCUGUAAAAGCACCAUUCCUGGAGGGGUUAUGUGAGGAAGAAAAGGGUGAGUGCACUGAGAAAAGGGUGCAUUUCUUCAUUGCUCUCUCAGACUUGUCCAAGAACAGAACCAGGUCAAGUCUUUGGAUGCUGUAAUUGGCCUUUGAAUCAAAAAAAUAGGCAAUCAGAAAAAAAUGUCUUAGGUUGGAGAUGACAGAAAUUUGAUCCAUUCACAGUAGAAAAAGAAAUUCUAUUAUGUUGUUUAAAUAAGGUAAAAUUAUUCUCUAGGUCGUUCACUGUUGUCACCUAGCAGACCUAUGUUACUAUUCUGCAAUGUUAACUGGCUUGCACUGUGCAGGUAUUCUGUGUAAAAAAUAUAUAUAUAAAUAUGUUGCAUAGGACAAAUUUAGAACUUCUGAUUAGAGAAGCAGCUAAUGCAUCACUGGUUUUGUAAGGUACUAAAUGCUUAAUAUGUGGGAAGCUUGUGUGUGGUCUUAGGCUUACAGUGUGCACCAAAUAGUUUUGUAUAAGGAUCCAAGUGGUCUUUGAAAUAUGCAUGUACUUUAUAUUUCUAUAUUUGUAACUUUGCAUGUACCUGUUGUAUAAAAAAAUUUACAAAUGUUUAAUAUCUGACUAAAAGUAAACAGGAGCUAUGAGGAGCACCUCCUGGGA